AUGGGUAAACUCACGUCAACCAUCGGCAUCCCGAUCAAACUCCUCAACGAAGCGCAGGGCCAUGUUGUCACGCUAGAACUCACUUCCGGCCAGGUCUACCGCGGCAAGCUUCUCGAAGCCGAGGACAACAUGAACGUUCAGCUCAAGGACAUCACAGCCACCGCUAGAGACGGCCGCGUGUCGCAUUUGGACCAGGUCUACAUCCGAGGAAGCCAUGUUCGAUUCUUCAUCGUGCCCGACAUGUUACGGAAUGCGCCGAUGUUUAGGACUCGGGGAAUCAGAGGUCGUGGUGUUGGUUUGGCGAGAGGAAGGGCUACAGUUAACCGGGCGAGGGCGGGGCGGAGAAAUUAA